GAGCUUCCUCCAUCCUGUCAGCUUCAACAGAGGCAUGGGAGAGCGCGAGCGCGACACUGAGCCGACUGAACACGGUCCGAGAACCUUUUGUCCCUGAAAACUGCGGGAAUUUAAGUGAUAGCAAGGACUUUAUGUUUGGGUGUGAAGUGCCUGUUUCUCUGGUUUCUGCUGACAGCUUGAUCGGACUGAAGAAAGCAGGAUGCGCACGAGCUUAGAUGCACUCUGGCUGGAGACUUCAUGUUAAGAUUCCAAACCUGAAACUGCCAGGAUCCACAUUCCCCAAGAUCAUCCCACAGGCUUACAUUUGGUACCAGACCUUUGACGAUUGUGUUGCAUUCCAUCUUUUUAAGACUUUUAAGGAUGUACGUGGCGUUGCUGAUUGUGUCUCUAGUGGAAUUGUCUUCAUUUACUGUUUUAGCCCAGAUUGACAGCGCGUGCGGCGGUAAUAUCACAAUCACAAGUGCAGGGUACGUGACGUCACCAGGUUAUCCUUCUGGGUACCCGCUCUCGCAGCAGUGCGUGUGGCUCAUCAGCGCGCCUGACCAGCACCAACGCAUCCUGAUCAACUUCAAUCCACACUUCGAGCUCGAAAGCCGCGAGUGCAAGUAUGACUUUUUGGAGGUUUAUGAUGGGGACAAUGAAAAGGCGAGUCUAGUGGGGAAGUACUGUGGUAAGAUAGCUCCAUCCCCAAUCACCUCUAGUGGAAAUUCACUGAUGAUCAAAUUCACUUCUGACUACGAGACCACUGGUGCUGGCUUCAGCAUUCGCUAUGAGGUGCACAGAACAGUCACAGAAUGUUCCAGAAACUUCACUGCUCUAAGUGGGUUGAUCCAAACACCAGGUUUCCCUGAUAAAUACCCCAACAACCUGGAGUGUACAUUAAUCAUAUUUGCACCAAAGAUGUCAGAGAUUGUGUUGGAGUUUGAGAGCUUUGACAUGGAACAAAAUCCCACAGGACCAGCUGAAGCCUCAUGCCGAUUUGACUAUUUAGAGAUCUGGGAUGGAUACCCAACAGUUGGCCCUCAUGUUGGAAGGUAUUGUGGUUCAAGUAGUCCAGGCCGAGUUGUGUCAUAUACUGGCAUUUUGUCCCUCUCCAUUCAUACAGACAAUGCCAUCGCAAAGGGGGGAUUCUCUUGCAAUUACAGGAUCCAGUCCAACCAUCAGCCAAGCCAUGAGCAAGCCAAUGAGUGCCUUUCUCCUUUGGGAAUGGAAUCUGGGGAAAUAACUGAUGACAGAAUUACCUCAUCAUCUCAGUACAAUCCCAGCUGGUCUCCAAUCCGUUCACGAUUAAACAACUAUGAUAAUGGCUGGACACCAUCAGAAGAUUCUUACAGGGAAUGGAUACAGGUGGAUCUGGGCUUCCUACGGUAUGUUUCAGCUAUAGGAACACAAGGAGCAGUUUCUAAGGAAACUAAGAACGCGUACUAUGUUAAGACCUACAAAGUCAGCAUCAGCACCAAUGGGGAGGACUGGAUCAUGGUGAAAAAUGGCACCAAGCCUAAGGUGUUUCAGGGCAGUAACAACCCCACUGAUGAGGUCCGUGCCUUUUUCCCAAAACCUACACUAACACGGUACAUACGGAUACGACCUCAAACUUGGGAAAAAGGCAUCUGUUUGCGCUUUGAAUUAUAUGGCUGCAAGAUAUCAGAUUCUCCCUGCUCUAGCAUGUUAGGCAUGGUUUCAGGUCAAAUUUUGGACUCUCAGAUCUCUGUGUGGCCUGAGCUAGAGAGGGGCUGGUUACCGGAGCAGGCCAGACUGCUAACAGGGCGCUCUGGCUGGGUGGCACCUAUACCAUAUGGCACAACAAACAGCUUCUGGUUGACAGUGGACCUUGGUAUUACUCACUGGGUAAAUGCAAUCAUCUUGCAGGGUGGGAGACACAAGGACAAGUUUAUGUUUGUUAAACGCUUCAAACUGGCCUAUAGCACAGACGGCUCUGUCUGGAGCUACAUACAGGAGGAGAACAGCAACAAAGUUAAGGUAUUCAUGGGGAACCAAAAUCAUGACACUCCAGAGCUGCGUUCCUUUAAGCCACUGACAAUGCGUUUUCUACGGGUAUAUCCUGAGCGUGGGUCGCAUGAAGGCAUGGCUGUCAGACUGGAAUUGCUUGGCUGUGACACCCAAUAUACUACUCCUCUUCCUCCUGCUACUACAAUGGUAACCACAGUGCGGGUAACUGCUAACAUCGCGGUAACCAGCCCAGGUGCUGAUAACAACGCAGUAAUCAGCCCAAUUGCUGGCAUCACUACAACAAAGGACAGUGAUGAUGAAUUUGCAACUUAUCAGAGUGGAACUGGUACAAGUGAAGACUAUGAGCCUACAGGUACAGUGGCAGAGCCCAUGGAAUCUGCCUAUCUUUGGUUCAACUGCAAUUUUGGCUGGUUAGACAAUCCGUCCUUCUGUGGGUGGAGUCUAGACAGCAUUGGACAAGUGGAGUGGUUCUUACAAAACAAAGACAUGCCCUCCAAACUUCCCAAUGAGGAUUAUACAGGGAAACCAGGAAACUUUAUCUAUACUGCACUGAGCAGAGAAUCACAUAGAGAGACAGAAAAGCCAUCAGAGCAUGAGCUACAGCAGACUCAGACAGGAAGGAAGGUGGGGAUGGAAGGCGAAAGAACCACAGAGGUUUUACGACAAAACGAAACGGAGAAUAAAGUCAGCUUGGCACGGUUGGUCAGUUUGCCUGUUACGUCUCUUGAUGAAGAUCUGUGUGUAUCAUUCUGGUAUCGAUUCACUGGAGAGAACACAGGUGCCCUGCACAUUCGCCAGAAGACAGAGGGGGAAGGGGACAGAAUAAGAAAAAGUGGAGAGCUACAGGAUGACAGAACAGACACACAAAGUGGUGGAUAUAUGAUAGAACAGGAGGUACUGCUAUGGAGGAAGGAAUGGCAAAAGACUAAGGGCUGGAAAGAAGGGAGAGUUCUGAUUCCCCUUGCUGAUAAAUCAUACAAGGUGAUUAUUGAGGGCAUUGUUGACAGCACGUUGUCUGGACAUAUCUCUGUGGAUGAUGUGAGAAUUGCCCCUGAAAUCCAUGCUGCUAAGUGUAAAGAUCCAGAGUUUGAGUUUGAGGUGACUAUUGGUCCAGCUAAUCAAGAACCUGCAGACUGCAAACUUGAGCAGAGGUGUAAGGACAUUGUGUGGAGGUUUGGACAUUGGGAUGGAUCCAUGCUAAAGACACUGAACCCCAUUUUGAUUACCAUCAUCGUGAUGAGUGCUGUGGGUGUGUUGCUAGGGGCUGUGUGUGUUACAUUGUUGUACUGUGCCUGCUCUCACAAUACUGAGCAAACCACAUCUGCCCUUGAAGAUUACAAGUUUGAACUGGUUGAUGGCCUCAAGUUCAAGAAGGAGACAGUUAGCCCAGAGAAAUCCUAUACAGAGGCAUGAAAACCAAUGUUAUCUAAACUGUAAAUUAACACUUUAUCAAAGCUUGUGACUUUUUCUCAGGAUAUAUAGGGUGCUGUAAAGAAAAUAUAAUGUACAGUGUACUUGUAAUUACAAACUGGUUGGUUUGUCUGUUUUUGUCCUUGUUUUUUAAUACUUGGAUGAAUAAUCAAUAUGAAUGUAUUUUUUUGGAACACUCUACCACAGAAUAUUGGCACAAUCAUUUUUCAGAUAAGAAGAGUGCAUCGCAUGCAACCAAGAUAUCUAACCUAGUGGGUUUGGAUCCUUUAUACAAUUGGUAUUUUGAGGAUAAAUUUAGCAUUUUUCUAGUUUUAUCAUUUCUAAGUUAAAGAAACACAAGAAAUCCUGUCCUAAUCUAACUCACUGACAUUACUACAUUCCAAAGAAAUGAUAAAAUAUAUUUUUACAUGUUGUUAAUUAAAAUUUUUUCAUUGCAAAA